AGUGGCCCGGCUGCGGGAGGAGCCUGCCUAGCCGCUUCGCGUCGCGCCGCCUUGCCGGGUUGACGUGGCCGGGGCCCGGCGCGGAGAUGGCGGACGACAGCAGGCAGAACAAGCUGGCGGCGGCCAAGAAGAAGCUGAAAGAAUAUCAGCUGAAAAACAGCCCUGUGUCCACAGCGGGGGCCAAAAAGAAACGGAGAAGUAAAGAAGCAAGCCGUCCAGAGACGCCAGUUAGUGAUGGAGUACAAUCUCCUGAAAACAUUGAGAACCUUCUGAAGGUGCUGGUGUCCGACUUCAACUGCUCCAAUGGGGUAGCCAUACCUACAUUGGACAAGUGGAAGGCCCACAACGAUGGUGACAUAGCCGCUGGCGUCUCCUUGCUGUCUAACAGCAAAGAUGUGUCUGCCUGUGUUGCUCCAAACCCCGGGCAGCUGUCACAGAUCGGUGACACUGAUAAUACCGUGUUGGACGAAAACAGGUCUCUCUCAACAACGGAGAGCCUCCGCAAGCUCUCUGAACAGUUGAACGGCAUGGUCAGCCAGACCACGACUUACAUCAAUGGAGAAAACAUCAUGCCGUCUGCGAACAUGAAAGAGAUGGCGACUCGUUACCAGGAGCUGGCAGUAGCUUUUGACUCCAGCAAUUUAACAAACAAACAACUCAGUGCAGAGAUAGAGGAAUUGAAACAACAGAACCAAGAGGUGGUGAAUGAGUUGGAGAAGGAGAAGAAGGGCUUUGAGCAGAGGUUUGCGAAGGAGCAAGCCACUCUACGAGAACAAUUACAGGUCCACAUUCAGACCAUUGGCAUCCUGGUUUCUGAGAAGUCCGAAUUACAGACAGCCCUCAGCCACACACAGCAGGCCGCCCGACAGAAAGCAGGGGAAGCUGAGGAUCUGGCCGCUAGGCUGCAGUCAUCCCGCCAGAGGGUCUCGGAAGUGGAAUACACCCUCUCCUCUCUCUCCGUUCAGCAGAAGCAGACAGAGAAACACAACAAAGAGCUAGCGAAGGAACGAGAUAACCUCAAACUGGAAAUGUAUAAGCAGAGUAAAACCAAUGAAGAACUCAAGCAGCAGACUUCGGAGUUGUCCGAGAAACUCCAUAACCUCAUCUCUGAAAAUUCAGCCAUGAAACUGAACAUGGAAGAUUUGCACAAGAAACUGGAAAUGGCAGAACUGGUGAUUCAGCAGUUUUCAAGCCAGCCAGGGAUCUCAGAUGCUACUGCUCAGCAGCUACAGGCCGCCCUGGAGGAAAGAGGCAACUUAGAAAGUCAAAUUGCCCAGCUGUCAGAGUCUUUGCAGAAACUGCAGGCCGAACGCGAUCAAUACGUCCUGCGCCUGAAGGAGGAAGGGAACAUCUGGCAGCAGCGAGUCGAGCUCCUCUCCGAACAGGUCCGGGCUCUGAUGGGAGAGAAAGAACUCAGCGAGAUUCGGAUUGGGGAGCUGGAGACCAACCUCUCAGAGCUGCUCAGCAGUCAGUCAGCGGUGAAGGCCCAGGAAACGCAGCCCGUCCCUGCUGCCCCGGGGCCUUCGCCAACGGAAGUGCACCUCCAAGAGGAGCUGGCACGGCUGGAGAAGGAGAAGGAGGAGCUGCUGGACCGAUGGCAGACCCAGGUGCGAGACAACGGGCAGCUGAGCCAGCUCAACCAGGAGCAGGAGGAGCGGCUUCAAGAGCUGGAGAAGGCGUUGCAGCGCUACAGCGAGGAAGCCGUGGACAAGCAGCAGAUCUUGGAAAACAUGCAGAGCGACAAAGCUACCAUCAGCAGGGCCAUAACCCAGAACCGGGAGCUGAAGGAACAGCUGGCGGAGCUGCAGAACGGAUUCGUCAAACUGACCAAUGAGAACAUGGAGAUCACGAGUGCCUUGCAGUCUGAACAGCACGUGAAGAAGCAGCUGGCCAAGAAAUUGGGAGAACUUCAGGAGAAGCUGGUGGACUUUAAGGAGAAGAUGGCUCUGAAGACCCACGAAGCUCAGGACUUCCAGGACCAGAGGGAUCAGUAUUUGGCCCACCUCCAGCAAUACACUGCAGCCUAUCAGCAACUGACGGUUGAGAAGGAGGAGCUACACAAACAGUACCUCCUGCAAACCCAGCUCAUGGACCGUCUGCAGCACGAGGAAGUCCAAGGCAAGGUGAACGCCGAGAUGCACUUCAAAGAACUUCAGAAAGCUAAGAAAACCCUGGAAUCCAUUUCUAAGGAGAACAAGGAGCUUCAAGCCCAGGUCACCCAACUCAUGGCCGAACUGGACGAAAGGAUGCUACCCAGGGCCCAAGGAGAUGGAGUGGAAGCGGCCGAGUUUGUGGACUCAAAGACAUCUCAGCUCAGCAUUCCGGAGGAUUUCGAGAGUAAAGAGGAAAUGGUGGCUUUCUUGACCUCCGCCGUGUCCCAAGCGGAGGGCGAGCGCGAAGAGAUCAGACACCAGCUGAUGGAAAAGAAAAAACAGUGCAGGGAGCUGUUGCAGCAGAUCGCUAGCCUGAAGAAGGAGCAGCAGCUGCAGCUCACAUCCACAGGAGGCUCCGAUGCCGAUUCGGUUCCAGGAGAGGUCCAUGAAGCCUUGAAAAGCGCCAUGGAGAAGCUGCAGCUCCGAUUCACGGACCUGAUGCGUGAGAAGGUGGAGCUGAAAGAGCGCGUGGAAGAACUGGAGCACCACUGCAUCCAGCUGUCCGGAGAAACGGACACCAUAGGCGAAUACAUUGCCCUGUACCAGAGUCAACGAGCAAUUCUCAAACAGCGCCAUCGGGAAAAGGAAGACUACAUCAACCGGCUGGCUCAAGACAAGGAGGACAUGAAGAUGAAGUUACUGGAGCUGCACGAACUGGUGAUGCGCUUGGUGGGCGAGCGGAAUGAUUGGUACACUAAGUACACGAUGGCCACGCAGACCGGAGAGCCACAGCCCGGGCACGAGAGGGAGGCCGGCGCCCAGGCGGACGGCGUCUUCGAAUCGAACGCUUCCAAGGUGGCAGACCUGCAAGAAGUGAGCCUGACGGACAGGCCCGAAGUGGACGCCGUCGCUUCACAAUCCCACCCAUCCCACAGCGACCCCCAGGGCCCCCAGCCCGCUCCUCGGGACCCCACGGCCCAGCAGAUCCUGCGGCUUCUCCGCGAAAUUCAAAACCCGCAGAAUCGGAUGGGACCCCUCUCGGAAACCCUGUGCAUCCCGUUUUUCUAUCGGGUGGAUGAAAACGACGAAGUGAAGCUUCUGGUGGUUUAACCUGGAACGGACAUUGUGGGCUCCCGAGGGGCCGGGUGCGGUGAGGGGACUGGGCUGCCUCGAGGGCAUGCACUGGAUGGGCCAAGCUUUUUGUGCUGGCUGUGAAUCAUACCGUCAUCCAGUAAAGCUCAGUAUUUUCCGCCACCCAACGACCCAUUGGUUCCUCCCGGUUCAGGAGGGUUCCUCCCAUUGGUUCGCGGCCUGCGAAUUUCAUUCUCUCUACCACGGUUACUUAGCCUCUCCCCCUUUGGUUAUUUCGGCUUUCUUUAGAUCAGAUUUUAUGCCCUUCUUCCAAAAUCUUCCUUCCCCUCUUUUAACUUGCAUGAUCCCAAUCCCACAAACCCCACCCCCACCCCACCCCCUGGCCAUCUCUCUUCCCCCUUGCCCCAAAUCCUCUCGUUCCAGUUACAACAUUCGGAAAGGGCUCCGGGCUCCUUGAAGCCAGACGGUUUUGCGGGGAGGGGUAUAAAAGCUUCAUUAUUAUUUUUUAAAACUGGAUGUAACGUUUGCAUUAAGAGGUGGAGGGUUUUUAUUUAUUCUUCAAAGAUGCGGAAGGCAAGCUCGGAAAAAAGGAACAGACGGGUGGGUGGGUGGAGGAGUCAAUUCCACCUCUCGCGCGCGGAAUCUCUUUUCUCCCGGGUCGAGCCAAACUUUAUUUCAACCAUCUAGAUAUUUUGAAAUAGAUUUCGAUGGUUGACGGUUUCUCUUCUUUCAAUCUCUGAGCCCCCCCGCGCCCCCCCUUCUCCCGCAUGUGGAGCGUGACGGAAGAAUUCACUUUAUUUGUGAGAGUGUGAAGCAGGUUUGAUUGAAAUUGGUGGUGAUUUGGUGUGCUUGGCACAAGAUCCCGUUUUAGAAGGACAACGACACAUGUGUAACAAAAAAAAAAGGAUUAGGAGGCGACCCAGCUGUCUAGUUUUUAGCCCAGGUUCCUUGCUCCCGGGAAAGAGACACCGGCCAAGUUGCGUUUUCCUCCUGGGACAGUUUGCUAAGAAAGAAGCCUACCUAAAGCACGGAGGGAAGUUCGAAAACCAAAAAGAAACUUCCGCUCCAAUUUUCUAGCAAAAUCGCACGUUGACUACCCACUGUCUUUGCAGCUUGUAAAGCAGAAUACGGCAAAAAAAAAAAAAAACGACAACACCCACAAAAGCCGGACUGUUUUCCACCAUCAGUGUUACUCAUUCCCUGGGUGCGUUAGGUCAGGAGGCUGGCGAAAGGGCUCGCGAGUCGCUGUUGGCACAAGUGUACAUAUUGUAUCUGUGUAAUAUUUUUGUACAUACCUUGAAUAAUAAUAAUAAUAAUAAAAGAGAGAGAGAGAAUAAAGCCACGGGCAGCGUUUUUCUGGCUGCCGGAAGGCUAUCCUGGUAACCUUGUACGAUAUUUGGGGAAAAAAAGAAAUUAACUCUAGUUGAGGUGGGAGGUGCAAAGCAGAACAGGAAUGUGAUUUACUAUAGAAUAUUAUUCCAUAUUUAUUAGGUGUGGGGUUUCCGGGGGGGAAACGUGAAAAACAAAGCAAAGGAAGGAAACAGCCAGAGUGAACUCUCGUAUUCUGUUGCCGAGACAAAUUAUAUCCUGUUAUAAAAAAAUUGGUCUUUCUGAAUAAAUCUGUUUCACUUCA